UGAAACACUUGCCCAGGAGCGCAAAGAUGGGUUUAAUCAUGUGGUGGUGGGAAGCAUCAGCGAAAGCUUCCUCACUGUGAAAGGUGCGGCUCUCUUCCUGCCCCGAGGAAAUGGGUCCUCUACCCCCAAAAUCAACAACAGGCGCAACAAGCAUGCAGGGGAUCUCCAGCAGCACCUGCAGGCCAUGUUCAUCCUGCUCCGCCCAGAAGACAACAUUCGACUGGCAGUAAGACUGGAAAGUACGUACCAGAACCGCACUAGAUACAUGGUGGUAGUUUCAACCAAUGGCAGACAAGACACUGAGGAAAGCAUUGUCCUAGGAAUGGAUUUCUCUUCCAAUGACAGUAGCACUUGCACAAUGGGCUUGGUGCUGCCCCUGUGGAGCGACACCCUUAUUCACUUGGAUGGGGAUGGAGGGUUCAGCGUAUCAACGGACAACAGGGUCCAUGUGUUCAAGCCAGUGUCCGUUCAAGCAAUGUGGUCUGCCCUGCAGAGUUUACACAAGGCCUGCGAGGUGGCCCGAAGUCACAACUACUACCCAGGGAGCCUCUUCCUCACGUGGGUCAGUUACUAUGAGAGCCACAUCAACUCCGACCAGUCUUCAGUCAACGAAUGGAACGCCAUGCAGGACGUGCAAUCGCACCGGCCCGACUCCCCCGCCCUCUUCACGGACGUCCCCACGGAGCGUGAGCGCACAGAGCGGUUAAUUAAAACCAAGUUAAGGGAGAUCAUGAUGCAGAAAGACUUGGAGAACAUCACGUCCAAAGAGAUCCGCACAGAGCUGGAGAUGCAGAUGGUGUGCAACCUGCGGGAGUUCAAGGAGUUCAUUGACAAUGAAAUGAUCGUGAUUCUUGGGCAGAUGGACAGUCCCACGCAGAUAUUUGACCAUGUCUUUCUGGGUUCUGAGUGGAAUGCCUCCAAUUUGGAAGAUUUACAGAACAGAGGGGUGCGGUACAUUCUGAAUGUGACUCGAGAAAUAGAUAACUUCUUCCCAGGCGUCUUCGAGUACCAUAACAUCCGGGUGUACGACGAGGAGGCUACAGAUCUGCUGGCGUAUUGGAAUGACACUUACAAAUUCAUCUCCAAAGCCAAGAAGAACGGGUCGAAAUGCCUGGUGCACUGCAAGAUGGGAGUCAGCCGGUCGGCCUCCACGGUGAUCGCGUAUGCCAUGAAGGAGUACGGCUGGAACCUGGACCGAGCCUAUGACCACGUGAAGGAACGGCGCACGGUCACCAAGCCCAACCCAAGCUUCAUGAGGCAGCUGGAGGAGUACCAAGGGAUUCUGCUGGCGAGCAAACAGCGGCAUAACAAGCUGUGGCGGUCGCACUCGGAUAGCGACCUCUCGGAGCACCACCAGCCCAUCUGCAAACCCGGGAUGGAGCUGAACAAAAAGGAGAUCACCACUUCCGCAGAGCAGCUCUCCGAGCCCAUGGCAAACGACAACCACCAGCCUGCGUCUCCCGUCUUCUCAGUGGGGCCGCACGUGGACCGUCUGCUCCAGCAGGACACAGACGUGAUCGAGGAGCUGGGCGCCAAAGAGAGGAGGAUCCGUUUGGAGUUCACAGCCAGAGACUUCCGCGCCGAACAAAUAGAGGACGAACUGAACCUGAACAACAUCAACGGGUGUCCGGCAGGGUGCUGCUUGGAUGAGUCAGAAUUUCCCCUGGAUAAUUGCCAUUCUUCUGAGGCCUUGAUGCAACUUGAAGAGCCUUUGGAGAUGACCACAGCGUUCCCUGAUCUGACCGUGGAUGAUCUAGAGACAGAUGCUCUUAAAACUGACCUGAACGUGCAUUUGGUACCCAUGGAGGAAUUCACGGCUUGUUUAAAAGACCUUCCCAGGUCGCCUGAUCAGAAUUCCCCAAGCCCACAGCUCAGUUCCCAGCCUGAAACCACAGACAGGAUUGAUUUCCUCAGUGCCCUAGAGAAGUUUGAGGAGCUGUCCCAAGAGAGCCGGUCUCACGCCUGUUCUCACUCCAAGAUGGACGAGCAGGGAAGCGGAAGGAACGGGGUCUCCAAGAUGUCUGUGCUGGAGGUGCUGCCAGCCGAGACUGCUGUCGAUACCCAGAGGAAUAGCUCUGCAGGCAACUCCCCUGCAGCACCAGAAGAGUCUUCCACAGAUGAGGAACAACCAAAGGACAUCUCUGAACUGACCACCAUGGGCCCUCUCACAAGAUCCCACUCGGAAAAUGCAAUCUCUGUGAAAGAAAUCAUAACUGAAAUUGAAUCCAUCAACCAGGGCGUAGGACCAUGCCAGCAGAAGAUGGAGGGCUCAGCCAACCAUGCCCAAGCACCAAAGAGGAAUACAGUCCAUGAGUUGCCUGUAGAGGUGGUCUGGGCAUCUGAAAAUAAACCUGGGAAGGCUGAGCAGAGCGAAGGAGCUUGCAUUGCACAGCAGGAAACGGCAAAAGACUUUCCAAAACCAGACCAGGAAGGUGCUCCCACCUUCCAACCAUCUACCUGCGUGUCAGGUGUGGAAGAAAGCGAUCCCGCAGAAGACCAGCAGGAGCCUCGAGUGCAGGGUCUGAACCCUGGGUCGAAGUGGUGUCCGGGAUCUGUUAAACGUGCCACCUUGGAAUUUGAGGAACGCUUGAGACAGGAACAAGAGCACCAGCAUGUUCCCCCCAUGUGCCUGCUACCUACUCGCAAGAAUUCCAAGAAUGAUUCUGCAGCUGCCGAGCUCGCGCCAAAGGGAAAGACCGAGGAACCGUUGCGGGAGCUGGAUCCUUCCCGUAGAGAGAAUGAGAGCGACAAGGCCAGGGCAAAGAGCCCAGCAGCCGAGGGUGCAUUGCCUCAUGGCCCUGAACCGCCGGCUGACCCGCAGCUGUCCCCACCACUCGCCCCUUGCCUUGUGCAGCCGGCUCAGGCGUCUCCGCUGGCAGAGCCUGAGGCUGAGCAGGAAGUGCUCAGGACGGUGGUGUCGUUGGAUGGCUCUGGGGAGCCAGCCCUGCCCUGUCACCUCCCCAAGAGGAUAGAAAUUAUCGAGUACACCCCCAUGGGCACGCCACCUGAUCUCCAGGAGCGUGACAGCAGCUGUGAGCAGGCCACGCUGGAGAACACUGCAGUGAUGCUUCCAGUAGAUGAAAACCUGAACCCUUCGGUGUGCGCGGAGACGGCACCUGUACAUCCAGAUGCUCUGCCUUUGCGUAACCCUUCGGUACUAGAGCACAAGGAGAUCGGGCAGGCCACCUUCACCCUGGGCAGCCCCGAGGAAGAGUUCGGUGCGGCACUGAUUAACCUGGAUACCUCUUCGUUCGUUGGCCAGGUGACGUGCUCGCCUUCAGCGGGCCUGGAUGACCUUUGGCACCAACGUGUCGUUCAUCUGGAGGGCGUUACGGAGCACAGCACAAGCACGGACGCUGAGCCAGUGGCACCGAGCAGCCUCUCAAGGAACAGGCAUGUCCUGUGCGAGGCGAGUGACAGUGCCUUGAUGGAGCUGAGCAACGAGGACUUGCAUUUCAUCAGUGACAGCACUGAAGCCAUGGAUGUCUCUUUCCUCCCCUGCAGCCUCCCCCACAGCUCCAACAGCCCCAGCAUCAAAGACCUGAGUGAGACUCCCAGCUCAGUGAAGCAGCGUGCGAAGGAACUUGAGGCUCGGGUACGGCAAGCUGGGCUUACCACGCCGUCCCAGAUGAAACGCUCGGCAUCCUUAGCCAAGCUGGGCUGCCUGGAACUCUCUCAAGAUGACUUAACCAAGAGGGAGUCGGCCUCUUCCCAUGCCAGCCUGACCUGUCCUGACUUGCUGCCCGCCUCCCCGAGGACUGGUCAAGGCAAGCGUGGGGCAUUGGCCGAGCACGGCUUGGAAGGCCCACCUGAAAAGCCUUGUGCCUCCUCUCCCCUUAUUCGCCAGGAUCCAAAGCCCACCAAGCAUUUUGUAGAGCAGCUUAAAACAACUGAGUGCAUUGCCCAGAGCCAGCCGGUGGAGAGGCCGCCCGUGCAGUAUGCCAAAGAGUUCUGCUCAGCUCCGCAGAGUGUGUGUCCCAGCGCAGAUCCUAGAUUGACUAGCUUGGAAGAGGGUCUUCCGCUGCUACAGACGCAGGUACUAGACUCUUGGCUCCCGGCUCCAAGCCUGGCUGGAGCACCUAGACAUCAACAUGGUAGAACUCACCCUCUGAGGAGACUAAAAAAGGCUAACGACAAAAAGCGGACAAGCAAUCCAUUCUAUAAUACCAUGUGAUCCUGAGCCCUCACCUGUGACUUUUUUAAACCAAACCCAUGUUGUUGUGUUCAUACAAGGGGCAGGUGUAAUAUGUAAGGAACAUGCACUUUAUUCGUUAAUUUUAUAUAUUUUGUCAUUUUACUGUUCCUGGCGCAUGUAGGUUUGGGUUGUAUUUUGUGUGGGACGCUGACUGCAAGACCGUUUGUUAUUUUUUUUAAUUAUUUUUAACUCAAAUAACCUCAAAUAUUCUUUGUUUUCAAAGAACACCUUUCAUAAGUGACCAUUGCUGUUGGCAGUUGGCUCAUCUCUGUGUGGUGAAAUCGUGAGGGCUAGGUUAGAUUGGAACCAAGUCACAAAUAACUUGAAGACACACACACACAAAUUGGUGCUAGCUGGGGCACUUACCGGAGUGGCAGCUGGUGUAAAUAUGAAGGUUGUGCCAAGGUUUGUUCGUGGCUUUUUUUUGAUCCACUUCGAGCUAACUGGAACUCCACAACAGUGACAAAUGGCUUCUGAAACUGCCUCAGUGCAAACCCGUCGGGUUGGCUUGUGCCUGUAGCCCAAAGGCAGCUGAUGGCUGGGCUGCACUUCUCAGUCUCUCGCUGUGGCUCCAACUUUGGAAUGCAAACUUGCCCAAGGUGCAUGGUUUGUUUCCAGGGAGUGGCUCCAAUGUGAUUCCCCCCCCCCCCCCAUGCAUAAAGUGUCAUGACCAAUGUGGUUAGAAACUUCAAACAGCAACCCCUCCCAGAACCAGCCUCUCCUCUGCUCCGAACCUGGGGCUGCCAAAUUCAUUUGAAUUUCAUAAUCUAAAAGAACCCGUUUUAACAGCAGCAACUGGGGGGAAAACUGACGUGUGUUCUUUUAAAACAAACAAUUCUAUAGGGUUUUAACCCUUUCGUUACUUGAAUACUGCUGUGGGCCUUCUGAGUUAAUGGCCAUAUCAUCUGUUCACCUUUCUGUCCCCCACCCAGAGCUGUUUUUUCUAGUGCUGCCGGAGUGAUUCUCCCCACACUCACAUACACUCUCAGCUGGCUCUCAGACCCGAAGGCUGAUGUAAUUGUUACAUGUUUCCCCUCGCUCUGCUCUCACCUUAACACUUAACCUGGAGCAAUGAUUUGUCUGGAAGUUCCCUUUUCCCCUCUCAGUUGUGUACAUACAGUAUUUAUCUAGAUAACUUUUGUUAUUUCUUACAUUGUGUUCUUGAAAGGACAAGACUGCAUUCUGUAAACUGGAAAACAACCCCCCCCCC